UGGAAAUGGCAGGCUGUCCCUGCCCUAUGUCCUGUAACCUGGGCCCAAUGCCCAGCCCGCCUGCGAUGGGGUCGUCGCCCCGGACAGUUCGGAGAAGGGACGGCCAUGGCACCCGCGGCGUCCAGGCUGCGGACCGAAGCCCGGCUCGGGUCUCUCCCACGGCGCGCGCUCGCCCACUACUUGCUGCUCCUCAAACUCUAUCCCGUGCUCACCAAGGCGGCCAGCAGUGGCGUUUUGUCAGCGCUUGGAAACUUCCUGGCCCAGAUGAUUAAGAAGCGGAAAAAAGACUCUGAAAGUCUAGAUGUCAGCGGGCCUCUCAGAUACGCAGUUUAUGGGUUCUUUGUCACAGGCCCAUUGAGUCACUACUUCUAUCUCGUUAUGGAGCACUGGAUCCCUUCUGAGGUGCCCUUAGCUGGAGUAAAGAGGCUCCUGCUGGACCGCCUGCUCUUCGCACCAUCUUUCCUGCUGCUGUUCUUCUUCAUCAUGAACUUGUUGGAGGGGAAAGAUAUUAACACUUUCACCGCCAAGAUGAGGAGUGGCUUCUGGCCUGCACUACAGAUGAACUGGCAGAUGUGGACUCCCUUGCAGUUCAUUAACAUCAAUUAUGUGCCCCUGCAGUUCCGGGUGCUUUUUGCCAACCUGGUGGCUCUGUUCUGGUAUGCCUACCUGGCCUCUCUGGGGAAGUGACAUCAGGUGCCCUGUGGAUGGUAUGUGUGUGGGGGAUCUACCUGCCAGCAGGAGAAAGCAGAAUUCACCUAAUCAGGACAUCACCUGAUUCUAAAUCAUGUAAUCCAAGAUGCUUCAAAAUUACCAAAGAAGAAAUAGAAAUUUGUUACUGUCUUUAGCCUGUUGAGAGGCAGCCAGGACCUGGAUAACCUCAGCUGUCACUGUGAACCAGGUGAAAGUCACAAUAAACUAAUGAAGCUA